GGGCUCUCGGGGGGGCCGGCUCAGGGACGUCGGUCGGGUGGUCACGAGCCUCCCCGACACCAAUGAGCUCCCCCUCCCACACCCCCAGUCCUUCCCCUACCCAGUCCCCCUCCCGGUCCCGGUCCAACCAUGUCACCCCCACCAACCAGCAGGCCUACUCCAGCUCCGGCGGCUCGGCCCCGUCUCCGUCCCCCACCCGGGGGUCGUCCUCCCGCCCCCCCUCUCACCCUCCCACUCCAACUGCCUCCCAGCCCUCUUCCCGGGCUUCCUCCCUGACCCCCAGCCCUCACGUCCAACAUGUGCCCCGAGGGGCUUCCCAGACCCCCACCCCGCCCACCUCCAAGUCUCCUUCCCAGUCUGGCCUGAAGUCCGUCUCUCGAAACUCUUCCCAAACCCCUCCCGUGCCUGUGGCCAGGUCCCCCUCCCACAGCCCGGCCACCUCGGCCUCCUACAUCGGGCCGGUGCGGGGCAUCCCCUCCUGCAUCGCCCCCUACGUGCCCCGCUUCCUGAAGGAGCCCCCCUUCUCCCAGCCCCCCACCCAGUGCUUCCCCUGCUCCUUCCCCUGCCCGCCCCGCAGCUGCGAGCGCCCUCAGGUGCCCGAGUCCCUCUACUUUCCCCUGCUCCCCCCUCCCCCCCACCACCCCCGGGUCAGCUGCUCCUACCCGACCCCGCCGGCCCUGUUCACGCCCCCCUCCUCGCUCUCCUACUCCCCGCCCACCGAGGUCCUGGUGAGCGGGAAGCCACACGUGGUGCCCACCGUGCUGCCGGCCACCUUCUACACGCCCUUCUCCCGCUACUACACCCAGCCCCGCCCGUACCGCGGGCACCGCCGCGGGCCCAGCGCCUCCCCCCUCGGCCUGCUCCCCCACUCGCCCUACGACGGCUCGGGCCGCUCUGUCCACUUCUUCCACCGGUCCUAGGCCUC